UGUUAUCUGCUUUAGAUUAGCUGCAAAAAAUAAAAAUUAAAUUUGCUUUGUAAUUAAUUAUAAAAACUUACUAGAAUUAUUACGGCCCUGUACCACGCAGCGCACGCGUUUCAUCUACAAGCACUAACACAGUUACAUGUACUGUGUUGUGACGGACUGCGCAAGUUCGGAAAGAAUCUCCCGGUUGUCUGUACAUAAUAUUGAGAGCACAUGUUUGUAAACCUCGAAACACGUUUAUUUUUAAUUUUUUUGAGUGAAAUAUAAAAAUAUAAAAGUGACGUUUAACAGAUUUUAAUUUAUUAAAAAUGGAUAAUACGACGGUGUCAUGUACAAUUUGUGGACAACUUCUGCGCAAUGAAACUCCAAUACGAACUGUUCAGGCCAAAGGAUUGGCAAAUUUAAUUAAUAACAGUAAAAUUAGACUUGAUGAUAAAUGGAAAUUGUGGGAUGGAAAAAUUUCAUACGAUUUCCAUGAAAAUUGUGUUAAAUCAUAUUCUCGUUUGAGAUCGUCUGACAUACCUCGAAAAAAACCGAAACUGGAGAAACCUCGUGAACUCAACUUACCACCAUCAUCAUCAUCAACAAUACAAGUACCAGUAACGAUACCAGUACCAGUAUCUUCUUCAGGUAUAAACUCGACGACAUCAUCAAGCUUAAAUUUCGAUUACAAAAAUCUUUGUAUAUUUUGUGGCAAAAAUUGGGAUAAAGCUCAUAAAAUAGGACAUGUUAUUAAAAAUAGCUAUUUUUCUGAUAGAAUUCUUGAAAUUGCUGAUCGGGACUAUGAUGAUACGACGUUUUUAUUGAAAGAAAGAUUACGUGUUACUGAUUUAGUUGCAGUUGAAGCCAGAUAUCACAAAAAAUGCUAUGAUUCUUUUAUGAAUCCUCCACUUAAAGAACCAAGAACAUCAUCAAAUAUUCACGAAGAUGCUGCAUUCCAAGAAGUUUGUGACCAUAUUGAAAAAAGUAAUAAUUUUAGAUUUAAAUUAUCCGAUUUGCGCAAAAUCAUGGGUGAUAAUUUAAUAAAUCCGGAUAAGUUAUUUAAAAAACUACAGCAAAAGUACGGUUCUGAAAUAAUGGUUACCCGGAGUCAGGGUAGAGAACCUGUUGUUUACUAUAAAUCUUUUAAUAUUGCUGGUGUGUGUAGUGAUUGGUUUUGUGCUAAUGAUAACUUUGAUGAACUACAAAAGAGAACAAUUUUGACUGUCGCAUCAGAAAUCCUUAAAGCUGAAAUAAAGGAUUUUCGAUAUGAGAAAGAUCGUUACCCUGCAAGCAGCAGCUUUCUUAAUGGUGUCAUUCAGGAUAUCCCUCCACUCCUAACAUAUUUUCUUGGUGAUUUACUAUCUACUGACAAUGACAAAGAAAAUUGCAUUAAACGUGAUAAUAUUGCUCAUUCAAUUGUGUCAAUACUCCGACCAAACAGUUUUAUUUCUACUUUACAAUUAGCUCUUGGCACUUAUAUUUACAGAAAAACUGGUUCACGACUAGUAAUUGAUGUUUUAUCUAAAUUAGGAAUCAGUGCUUCUUAUCACAGUAUUCAAUUGCAUGAAGCUUCAACGAUAAAAGAUCCUCCAGAGUUUCGAAUCACCGAAGAAACUUUUGUACAGUUCGUGUAUGAUAAUACAGACCAUAAUAUAAGCACAUUAGACGGGAAAAGAACUUUUCAUUGUCUAGGAGGCAUUGCGUGUUAUACUCCUGAGUCUGGAAUUUCAUAUGAAGGUGGUUCCAAGAAAUUGAAAAAAAUGCCCACUGCGUCGGAAUUAGCAUCAGAGAAAACGAUACCAAUAAUACCUUAUGGAGCUUUUAAUUCCACAGCGUUAGACACGGUAGUUUUUGUUAAUGUCAAUAAAUUACAACUUGGUUCUCGACCACAACUAUCACAAUCGUAUGCUACUUAUUUAUGGGCAAAAAAAUUUAAGAUUCCUAAUUUACCAUCAUGGAGAGGCUUUAUGGAAGUUGUAUGUUGUGAUUCAGAAUAUUUCGUUUCCAGCAUCUUGUGUCUGCCAUUCAUUAAUGAGCCUCCUUCUAAGUUAACUACUCUUAACACCGCUUUACACUAUUCCCGUGAAGAAUGUAAUCGAAGGAAUCAAAAAACUUGUUUUGUAACAUUUGAUCAACCACUCUACUGGAAAUCGCGAAGUAUUGUUGCAAACUCAACUACAUUGCCAAAUGUCGUUGUACGGUUAGGUGGCUUUCAUAUGAUUCUGUCGUAUUUGGGGUCGAUUGGGUACAUCAUGGACGGAAGUGGUCUAGAAGAUUUGUGGGGCGUAGUUUAUGCUGGUGAAUCUGUGAAAAAAAUGAUGUCUGGUCAUGCUUAUUCAAGAGCUAUACGUGCGCACAUUCUAACAUUUACUGCUCUGGGUAUUACGAUUUGUAAUACUAUAAAUUUGGACAAAGGCUUUGAACAAUUUCUUAUAAAUUUUUUUAAAGACUGGGAUACUAAUCCUCCGUUCAUGAGUCAUCACAAUUCUGAUCGCACUAUUAAUGAUAUGAUGAAUAAAUUUAUUGAAAAGUUGAAUGUACUGGAAACAAUUGGGCCUACUGCUAAACUAUGGAUUCAAUAUAUGAAGGCUGUAAUCAUUGCACUGCAAUUUAUUGAAGCUGAGCGAUUGGGUGACUGGAAAUUGCAUUUACAAGCUGUUCGCGAUAUGUUGCCAUAUUUUCAUGCAUCAGGUCACUUUGCGUAUGCUAAAAGUGCACAAGUUUAUUUACAAGACAUGGUUCAGUUAGAGUCACAAAUGGAUGAUGAAGAAUAUUAUAAGUUUACAUCGGAAGGUUUUUUCACAAUUCGUAGGACUGAUAAGGCCUGGUCUGGUGUAUGGAGUGAUAUGACCAUCGAACAAACUCUGAACCGUUUUUUCGGAACUGAUUUGAAACAUGGUCGAGGUGUUACACCAAGUGUUGUAACUAGAUAUUUACUUGCAAUGCCAACAGCAUUCAAUAUAAUGAAUUGUUUAGAAGAGUACUGUAAUUUAUCGUCCUACACAAGUGAACAACAUAUUGACUUAUGCAAAAGUCGUAUGAAUCAAGAUAACGAGGAUAUUGAUAGAUUUGUCUUUUGGUUUAAUGAACAUGCUCCAUUUAAAGAUAGAUCAUCACUUGUUUCAUUAUCAACUGGAAUUGUUGGUGGAGAUAAUAUAGACUGUCAUUUAGCCGUGGAAAAAGGUUUAAAAGGGAUGGCAUCUAUGGAGGAUAAGAAUGGAGAUAAUAUUUCUUUAUCUAAUGUUAAUAAGGUAAAAAAUUUAGGUGCUGCUAAAAAUAAAGUGCAUAUUGGUGAUGAAGAAUAUGUCGCUGUGGACGCCUCUCUACUAUUUCAAAGAAUAUCUAUCGUAAUUCGGGGUAAUACAGACCUCACACGUACUGCAUUACGGUAUGAGCUAUCACCAUAUCCUUUGAGUUUGUUUGAUAAACAUGGCUUUAUGAGAAAAACACCAAAAAGUGAGUUAUACAAAGUUUUCAAGAGCAUAAACAUACAAAAUCCUGUUGAAUUCAUAAAUCAUCAUAUUCCUGUCAUUGAUGGAGGUUGGUUACUGCACCAAGUUUCCUCGUGGCCUCAUGGUUAUAAGUACGUGCAAAUUUUUGAUAUAUAUUUGAGAUACAUAAAAAGUCACUUUGGAACAAAUGCCUUCAUUGUUUUUGAUGGAUACGAUAAGGAUAAUAUCGGUGUAAAAAUCAUAUGA